UUCAAAACUACCGACAGAGAACUCUGCUCCUCUGUGUGAGUCUGAGAAGAUCAGCACAGCACACUGCAUUCCACUGUGAAAGCAAAGCUGAAGAUCAAAGGAUCACCCUCUCUUUUGGGAAUGGUUACAAUGCAGACCCUUUAUUGCUGGCUCAGGUUUGCUCUCCUCCCAUCUACAGUUCCUAAUAUUUGGGAUCCGCUGACUCUUAGAAGGAAAGGACCUGUGAGAGAAGUAAACUUCAGCCCUGUUGAAACUCUCAAUCCCAGAGGGGUGUGUUUUACAGCUCUCUGCCCUGCCAGAGGACUUCAGGCGUGACCCGCAGAAGGAUUCCAGAGGGACAGACUCUACUGGAGACAUUCUGGCUCCCUGGUCAGAGCUAGCCAUGGAGAGGACUUCUACGUGCAUAUACCACUUCCUUGUUUUGAGCUGGUAUAUUUUCCUCAUUUACUACAUCUCACAAACAAGGAAUCCACAAAUAUCCACAAUCCUUGCAAAUGGCAGACAGUGGAAGUACUUGACAUUCCUUAAUCUGGUCUUGCAGGCCAUUUUCUACGGGGUCGCCUUCCUGGAAGAUGUGCUGAAAAGAAUUAAAGAGAAAAAAGAUGUUAAGUUCAUAACUGCCUUCAAGGACCUGCUUUUCACCACACUGGCUUUUCCGGUAUCCACAUUUGUAUUUUUGUUGUUCUGGAUCCUCUUUCUCUAUAAUAGAGAACUCAUUUACCCUAAGUUCCUGGAUGUUAUCUUUCCAGCGUGGCUGAAUCAUGCGAUGCAUACAUCCAUAUUGCCCAUCUCAUUGGCCGAAGUCAUCCUCAGGCCACAUCGCUAUCCAUCAAAGAAGACAGGACUCACCGUGUUGACUGUUGCCAGCUUUGCAUACAUGGGCAGGGUUCUAUGGAUCUACUCUGAGACGGGUACGUGGGUGUAUCCUGUGUUUGCCAAACUCAGCCCAGUGGGUCUAGCAGCUUUCUUCUCUCUCAGCUACAUCCUUAUCAUCGGCAUCUACUUACUUGGAGAGAAGCUCAACCACUGGAAAUGGGGUGACAUGAUGCUGCCUAGGAAGAAGAUAAAGUAAUUACAUGCCGUUUUCCAAGAACUAAGGAGAAGAAAACAGAGUUUUUUUCUUUUUUUUUUUUCCUGGUUGAGGGAGGUGGUGGAGCAACAUAGGAAAGUAAGGACCAGGGAUGAUAUUUAAAUUUAAUAAGAGGGUUAUGAAGGUAGCUUAAUUUGAGGACUCUUGGUGUUUUGAAGGGUUUACUGGACAUGCCAAAAACAACUCCUGCUGUCUCAGAAUUUGUAACCUUUGUCUGACCUCUUUGGAGGACGAUCUGUGGUCAAAAUCUGGCCAAAGGCCAAGAAACUCAUGAACUGGGUGUUAGAGAAUGUUUAGAGAGAGAGGGUGACUCAGGAUUGUCCAAACUCUUCCCUUUACUGAUGAGGAUGCUGAGGACCUGGUGAGAAGUCACCCACAUGAGGCCAAAGAGUUAGUCAGAACCGAGACCACAGCUUUUAUCUCCCAGACCUUCUAACUCCCAGUCCUGUGCCAUUUUUUAAUAAUCCCAACUUUCCUAAAAACAAUCAUUUUUGUAGACUAGUUAUUUUCAUGGAUUGCUCAUCUCUUCUUUUUUCCUUGAUCUAGAUAGAAAUGUAGGGAGAUGGCUGCUACUAAGUUUCCUGUCUACCUGGUAUGAUAGCAAAUUAUUUGGGGCAAUGAGAAAAUGAAUUAUAAAAAAUAUUGGGGGGCCACCCCAUGGCCGAGUGGUUAAAUUCAUACACUCCGCUUCGGCGGCCCAGGGUUUCUCUGGUUCAGUUCCUGGGCACAGACAUGGCACCGCUCGUCAGGCCACUCUGAGGCAGCGUCCCACAUAGCACAACCAGAGGCACUCACAACUAGAAUAUACAACUAUGCACUGGGGAACUUUGGGGAGAAGAAAAAGAAGAAAAAAAGAAAAAGAUUGGUAACAGAUGUUAGCGCAGGUGCAAAUCUUUAAAAAAAAAAAAAGAUUGGGACAUCUAUCCUUCUUGUGAGCAAGCAUUUGGGGCAGGUAUGAACAUUGAACACAGUGCCAUUGUCAAAAUCUUUUCUAUUAAAUAUUGAUUGAUUCGUGAAAUAAA